AUGCUUAGUGAUGGAGGUGCUCGCUUCUCACCCCGCGGCUGUGUUGAGGCCACAUGCUCACCGCCGAGCAGUGACAUGCGGCCAGGGCAGCAGCAACAGCAGCAGCAGCAGGUACUUGCAGCCGCCAUGCAGGUGUCAAGCAUCCCACCCAGAAAUCCGCUGCUGGCAACUGGUGUGUCUGUUGCCCGUCACUCGCGGCGCGCCAAGCCUGCCGCCGGGAUUCCUCAAGCCCAGGUGAGCCGCCCUUCGCGCCAGGUGCUCUUGUUCCUCAACCGCUUCCUCAGGUGUGGGCCGGGGCGCCUCAGGUUGUCCGUGGAGGCUCAGGUGCGCCAUAGUGUACCACGCAAUGCAGGAAUAACCAGGAUGAGCGGACACAAGGAGCGGCAGGUGGUGACGUGGGUGGGGCGGAGAGAAGGAGUCGGGGCGCGUCAGGUGGACAAGUCUCUGCGGGAGCUGGUGAAAGUGGUUCGCUCGGUGGUGCCCCCUGGUGGUCACAUGUACACCAUCUGUGAGCGAUACGACACCUACCAGACUGGAGGGCUGUAUCCGGUGAUGCACGUCAGCGAGGACAGCGGCACGGUGAGCAAACUGAUGCACUCCGGCGCGUUCCUUGACUCCGACGUGCUGGGACAAGACAACCCCGUGGACCAAGGUGUGUUUGAAGAGGUGGGCAGCGUUCGGCCUCCUCUGCACGCUCAGGCCGCUAACGACUCCGUCCUCGUCAUCUCUGCCUUCAAAAGCAUCGAGGUGGAGCCCAACCCAACGCUCAUUAAGGAGUGGAAGGCGUGGACGGGGGCUCGGGCCUUCCUGCAGGACAUAAUGAUGGCGGGGCUGCAGUGCCUCAGGAUAAGGUUUCUGGUAAAGGCUGCGCCGCUGGAGGACCCUGGGGGCUUCACCUACGUCCUGAUGACCGAAGUGGCCAUCAACAAGCCCAGUGACGAGGGUAACAUAGUGGAUCUGCUGCAGAGGUUCCGCGUGGAGCGCUGGUCGGGCUACAACACCAUCUACCGUCGCCAGCUCUAACUAAUCAACCUCUCGCUGCUCCUCGCGCUUCGCCCGCCACCUACACUUAUUUAUUCUGAUGUGUGGUAAAAAGGAGACUUUUAUUUUAUUUAGUUUUCUAUGCAAUGGUGAGUGUGUUGAAUAAGGAGAUUAGCGGUGGUAUGUACGUACGUAAUUUUAGGAUUUGUAGUUGUUGUAUUUUUGUUUUAACGACGAAGCCGUUCAUUGUUUUGGAACACGAGUCGCACCUCUCCUUCGUUCGCGUUGGUGUUGUCGCACCGGCCUCCACAUGUAUUAUACUUAUUUUUCGUGACUUCCUGCAGUAAAGUAUGUAUUUGUCGUAUUAUUAGGUUUAAGACAAAUGUGAUGAAAUGCAACGAGUAAGUAUUAGUUCAGUGGUUCGAAUCCUCGGUGUAUUGUAUCCUGCUGCUACUAGGCGGCGCAGCGGUGGCCUGUAUGGAGGUGCGGCCAUGUUCUGGUGACUGAAGUGAGAUGAAAACCGGUGUGCUGUUAAACCUGAAAUCCUGGGAGCCCUGCAUGUGUGUCUGUGACUGUUGGAGAUGAUAACAUGAAGUAAAGAGCAAUAUAUCGUCUCGCCAGUCAGUCAGCCAGGGACGUACACAGAUCCAGCGCCUUCUGCAUGGCCUCGAGUCCCGUGCCCCAGUUGGUCGUAGCGGGGGCGGACACAGGCAUCAUGGUCACGACACCGCCACGCAUGCUCUGGUACUUCGACAGUGUUCCGGCCCGCACCUGCUGAUCAUCCGCCAUCUGCUGGAAAAACUUCUCGAACCCUGGAAGAGACACGUCGCAGCUGCCGAAGUGCUGGAGUGCACAGUUUCUCAGUCCAGCAGAAGCUCCCAGCCGGAACAGUUCCACUAGUUCACAGCGUGCUCUCUCGUAACAACCAGCAGAGGGUGAGUCGCAGCAUCAAGGGCGUCUCCAAAGUGUGUUCCUAAACGACCAUAAAGUAUUCGCGGUCUAAAAAUAAGACGAUUCUAAGAGCUGAGGUGAAGGAACGACGCUCCUUAAGGGCCUGGGAGUGAGCUGCACGGAACUCCAGUUGCCCCCAAACACUCUCAAUAAAGCUUGAUGAAAGGACCACAAUGGUGCGCCGGCUUGCCUCCACACUUUGCAUGAUCUGGUUCUGGAUGUACUCCCCGGGCACCCAGUCCCGGUAGUGGAGGCACACACGGUACUUAGGCUCCCCGCACUCCAGGCCAGGCACCAGCUCCUUCAUCACAAACUCUUCAUCCUUAAAUGAAAAAAAAGUAAGUCAGAGGUGCACUGGGUAUGCACACACCAAGAAUACUGAAGAUGGUGAGAAGGAUGAGGAUGACCACUAUGGUGACAAUGACCAUUGGCUGCAUGAAGAACGGGCAAAGGUCAUGUUCGCUCAGGUCCAUCACCAGCUCUCCGCUCUCACACUGCAGUUCCGUGAAGUCAUUCACCUUCAAGAAAAUCAGUAACAUUACAGCUGAGCUAUGCUUUAUUCCACUUGCAAAGACACUUAAUUUCUCAUCGAAUUUUUAACAUCUAUUAUCUUAAAAAGGCAGUUAUUCUGUUAACCAAAAUAGUGAUAAAACUUUCAACCAAAAUAGUGAUAAAACUUUCUACUAUGUAUUUUAUUCCCACAAUCAGAUACGAGAAGAGAAAUUUCCAAGCCCCAUAUUUAGAAAUCUAAAUGUUUACUAAAGCAUCAUUGCCAAUUGGUAAAAACUGAAGUUGUAUAUAAAAUAAUUGUGAGAAACUAGUUUUAUUGUAAAUGUUUCAUACAAUACAAUGCUGUUCUAUUCUCAUGGAACAAAUCAAA